AUGUCCCCCGUCAUCGCCACCGCUUCCACACCGCAACUCCGCGGAUCCGCAGCGACGAGCAAUGUGGUUGAGAAGCCCUCGAUCCGAGUGCCUCCCGCAGAGACAUCCGCAGUCGACGACCAUUUCUUUUGGACAUAUACGGAAGAGCCCCAUCGAUCGAGACGUCUGGCUAUCAUCAAGGCCCAUCCCGAGGUAACCAAGCUCUGCGGUCCGGAACCGUUGACAAAAUAUGUGGUGCUGGGCGUCGUCUUGCUGCAGAUAUGCUGCGCAUACCUCCUCCGUGAUACACCCAUGCUCUCCUGGAAGUUCUUGGCGACCGCAUAUGUGAUCGGAGCGACUGCGAACCAGAAUCUGUUCCUGGCCAUCCAUGAGAUCUCGCACAACCUGGCUUUCCGCUCCCCAAUGGCCAAUCGCCUGUUGGCCAUAUUCGCCAACCUCCCCAUCGGACUGCCCUACAGUGCAGCGUUCCGCCCGUACCAUCUCACCCAUCACAAGUCUCUAGGCGUCACCGGUCUUGAUACCGACCUCCCUACAGCCUUGGAGGCCUUCGUGCUCGACUCCCUUCUGGGCAAGACGUUCUUUUGCACUUUUCAGAUUCUCUUCUACGCCGUCCGUCCCAUGUUCAUCUACAGCCCUCCUUUCACCGCUAUCCACCUCGUGAACGUGAUCGUUCAGCUGUCCUUCGACUACGCCCUCACCAAGAUCUGCGGCGGAUCCCUCCAACCUUUCCUGUACCUGAUCGCCAGCUCCUUCCUGGCCGGUUCCUUGCACCCUUGCGCCGGCCACUUCAUCGCCGAGCACUACUUCUUCUCCAACUUACAACACGGCACCGAGUCUAUCCAGGAGCAGAAACAGAAAAAGACCCAACAACCCCAUCCGCUCGACUCCCUACCUCCCCCGGAAACCUACUCCUACUACGGACCCCUCAACGUCCUCACCUACAACGUCGGCCUACACAACGAACACCACGAUUUCCCCGCCAUCCCGUGGACGAAACUCCACGCACUGCACCGUAUCGCUCGCGAGUUCUACGAACCCUUGCCCUCCCACCGCAGCUGGGUCUGGGUCAUCUGGACGUUCAUCCUGGAUAACAACGUCGGCAUGUGGUGCCGCGUUAAGAGAGCCCAGGGUGGUCGCAUUGUCGGCGGUGGCGGCAAAAGCAGUGGGCGCGCCGGUGAAAGCAUUUCUGCCUCGUCGGCGGCCGCAGAUGAAUCAGGCAGUGGCUGGAAGGAGAGUGAGAUUCAGAAUUAA